AACCAGCCACUUCGUGAUCAUAAGCUCUUAAAUCCUUAAAUGUUAGGCUAUGAGUGGAAACAGAUUUAGAAACAUAAUUAUUACUAACCUAACCGAACCCGCCUGAUGAGACUUAAACAUCCGCAUCAUUUGUAUCUAUUGUGGCAUAUCAGAAUAGCUUGGAGGAAUAUUUUGUUCCUUCUCCAUCUAACGGCACAUGCCACAGCAAUUCCUACAUUAUCUGACCUCCAAGUCAGGCAAAAACACAGACAGUGUAACUGAACUAACUUGUCUCUCCUGACCCACUUACUGCAGAUUCAGAUCACUAACUUGCUGCUUAAUGUGUCUCUCAGCACCUGAUUAUCAUUUCUGUGUCAUGUUAAAAUAGCACAGGAAGAAAGCAAAAGAAUUAAUAUGUAAUCAGUGAUACUAAGUUAUAAGUUCCCUUUCCUUUGUUUCAUUAACACACUGUAGACGGCAAUAAAGGUGGAUGUGUUGCUUUAUUAGAGAACGAAAGCACAGACAGUUCAUUCUCCUAAUCAGUGCAACUGUAGUGUGACAGACAUACUGACAACAGCACAGCGGAAAUGUCUAAGAGAGGACCAGUAAUAUGGACCCUGAGGUGUCUGUCUGAACCUCGACACGAUCUGCAGGCAGUGCAAGUCCUACAAGAUCAGAGGUUUAACUCUUUGCUCGCAGAAAACACACACAGACUACGCUGAAAUAAGCUUACCCAAGACAAGAUUGCUUGCCUGCCCAGCCACUUCACCAGCCCGACGCCUGAAGCUAUCGACUGCAGCCACAUUCGGUCCUACAGGGAGAAUGAGACAUCGCAGCACAAACUCGUCAAACCUGUGAACCCCAUCAUCCUGGAGGUAGUUGGUCGCAAGAACAACCUGGACAUCCACCAGUACGUGUUUGUCAACCACUACUGCUACGAGAGGUUUGUCCACUGGUAUGCAAAGUUCUUCCCAUACCUGGUCGUGAUCCACACUAUGAUAUUCAUGGUAGCAAGCAGCUUCUGGUUCAAGUUCCCUGGGACAUCGUCUAAAAUCGACCUUUUUGUUACCAUCCUCGGGAAGUGCUUUGAUUCACCCUGGACCACGAGGGCCCUGAGUGAGGUUUCUGAGGAGAGAGGAGAGGAGAAACUGGUUAGUUGGAGAAGGAACACCAUGUCAAAAGAUCCCACAGAUCGACGAGCAGAUGACGAGGAGACGACAGGGCUUCUCCGCUCCUCGUCUGUAAAGUCUAAUCCAGAGAAGAAAAGUCUAGAGCCUCAGUCGACCCCCUCCGUAUUGGAUAAGAAGGAAGGAGAGCAGGCCAAAGCUCUGUUCGAAAAGGUGAAGAAGUUCAGAACUCAUGUAGAGGAAGCGGACAUCUUGUAUGUCAUGUAUGUGCUACAAACAUCACUGAAAGUCUUCAAGUUCCUUUUAAUCAUUAUCUACACUGCAGUACUUGUACCGAACAUUGAGAUAGUAGUGCGCUGUUAUGUUCCUCCCGAGUUGACUGGUUUUGAUAUCUUUUGCUGUAACCACAACAAAGCCCAUCUUUUCUCCAAGCUUGCGUACUGCUAUAUCUGCUUUGUGGGAGUGUACGGAGUUCUGUGCAUCUACACCCUCUACUGGCUGUUUCAUAGACCUCUGAAGGAGUACUCCUUUGAGCAGGUCAGACUGGAGACAGGUAUUAACGACAUACCGGACGUGAACAAUGACUUUGCAUUCCUCCUGCACCUUGUCGACCAAUAUGAUGCUCUGUACUCUAAAAGAUUUGCUGUCUUUCUCUCUGAGGUCAGCGAGAGCCAUCUUCAUCAGCUCAACCUCAACUAUGAGUGGACCGCCAAAAAGUUGCGUGCCCGUCUCGCCAGGAACACGAGCAACCGGUUGGAGCUCCACCUGUUAAUGUUGCCAGGACUCCCCGACACAGUCUUUGAGAUUCCUGAAUUGGAAUCGCUCAAACUGGAGCAAGUAAAAAAUGUCAUCAUUCCAGCUGGUGUGGCAAAGCUAGACGCCCUUCAGGAGUUAUCGCUGAUCUACUGCCCUACGAAGCUCCAGCUGCCUGCCCUGAACCACCUCAAGGCCAAUUUAAAGGUCCUACGUCUAGCUUUUGAAAGUUUAGAAGAGGUGCCUAUGUGGAUGUACACCCUGCAUGGCCUGGAAGAGUUAUAUCUGAAUGGUCCUUUAACCAAUGAAGUGUCCAGAAGUGCCACUCUGGACUCCUUUCGAGAGCUUAGAGCGCUGAGAGUCCUCACUCUCCGCUCCAACCUUACUAAGAUCCCACCCAGCAUAGUGGAUGUUGCACUGCAGCUGCAGCAGCUGUGCAUCUAUAACGAGGGUGUCAAGCUCCAAGCUUUUAGCAGCCUGAAGAAGUUAACCAACAUAGUCUCACUGGAGUUAGCGGGCUGCGAGUUGGAGCGCAUCCCAAGUGCUGUCUUCAGCCUGAACAAUCUGCAGGAGUUGGACCUGAAGGAAAACAAACUUACCACUGUGGAGGAGAUUUUGAGCUUACAGCACUGCCGGCGUUUAGUGACACUCCGACUGUGGCAUAACAAAAUCACUUACAUCCCUGAUCAUAUCAGUAAGCUGCACUCCCUGGAGACGCUGGAUGUUAGCUGGAACAAGCUACGCAAGCUUCCCUCUCGGCUGUUUUAUUGCACCAAACUGAGGCACCUCGAUGUCUCCCACAACCAGCUCACCUCUCUUCCUCCUGAGGUGGGCAUCCUGCAGGGCCUCCAGUUCUUCUCCGCUGCUUUCAACUCUUUAGAGACACUGCCAGAGGAGCUGUUCUCCUGUAAAAGGCUAAAGACGCUAGCUCUUGGCAACAACUGCCUGCCAUUUCUUAGCUCCAGAGUGGCCAACCUGGCCCAGCUGGUCCGGCUGGAGAUUAAAGGGAACCGUCUGGAGUCUCUACCUGUGGAGAUAGUGGACUGUCCCCUGCUGUCUAUCAGUGGACUGGUAGUAGAGGACAAUCUGCUGGAUCUGCUGCCAUCAGAUGUUCGAAACAGGUUGACUAACGGUUGAGCCUGCAGAGCUGAAGACUCUUUGCUCUGUGUGGCAUGGCGGUCUCACUUGCGCGAGUAUUAACAGAGAGUGAAUCUAAGACACUGGGUGGAAAGACAGGACAAAAAGGGAAAUCCUAACAGACAACAAACGAUAACCAAACACUGAAAAUCGUAUUUAUAAAAUCGGUGAAAUGUGUUUUCAAAUCUGUGUCAGUGAGUAAAAAAUCAACUUGCACAUGUUUUUGAAUUUUUUUUUAAUGCAUUUUCUUAAAAAUACCUUUUUAAAUAAAUAAAUAAAGUUUAUAUGUUUCCUGUAGAAA